AGCGCAGCUCAAACGCGGGGCUCGUGUGUGUCUUUCCCGGGGCACGUCCGUGUCUUAGUUUCCCGGGGCCGGUGUGUUUCUAUCCCGGGGCACGUCUGUGUCUGUGGCUCGUGUUUAAGGCGCGUGUCUCGUGUCCACGCGGGGCUCGUGUAAAGAUGUCAGUGGCGGGGCUGAAGAAGCAGUUCCACAAAGCGAGUCAGCUCCUCAGCGAAAAGAUCAGUGGAGCUGAAGGAACGAAGCUCGAUGACGACUUCCACGAGAUGGAGAGGAAAAUUGACGUCACCAACAAGUCGGUGCUCGACCUUUUGUCCAAAACGACAGAAUAUCUCCAGCCAAACCCCGCGUCUCGGGCCAAACUGAACAUGUUGAACACGGUGUCAAAGAUCCGGGGGCAGGUGAAGACCACGGGGUACCCACAGGCCGAGGGGCUCCUGGGGGACUGCAUGCUCCGCUACGGCCACGAGCUCGGGGACUACUCCAUAUUCGGUUUGUCUCUGGUGGACACGGGGGAGGCCAUGAGACAGAUGGCAGACGUCAAAGACUCUCUGGACAUCAGCGUCAAACAAAACUUUAUCGACCCACUGCAACAUUUACAAGACAAAGACCUGAAGGAGAUCACGCAUCACCUGAAGAAGCUGGAGGGGCGGCGCUUAGACUUCGACUACAAGAAGAAGCGUCAGGGGAAGAUUCCGGACGAGGAGAUCCGACUGGCCGUGGAGAAGUUUGAGGAGAGCAGAGAGCUGGCGGAGAGGAGCAUGUUCAACUUCCUCGAGAGCGACGUGGAGCAGGUGAGUCAGCUGGCGGCCCUGAUCGAGGCGGCGUUGGAGUAUCACCGACAGUCCAGUCAGAUCCUGGAGGAGCUGAGCACGAAGCUGCACAAGAGGAUUUCCACGGCCAACGCUCGGCCCAGAAAACAGUUUAAGUCCAAGUCUGUGAGGAGCAGCGUCGAGAGCAGCUCCCACCAGAACGGCGUCUCCUACGGCUCCUCCCACGGCUCCUCCCACGGCUCCUCCCACAAGUCCACAGAUCUGCAGAUUCACUCAGUCAACGGGAAAAACGAUCACGUGACCCCUGACCCCGAGUCCUGGCCCGACAGCCCCGUCACCAACGGCAACCACCCAGGAACUUUUAUUUACAACAUGAUCCAAACAGAUAACGUCGAAGAGUCGGAGGUUCUGGACCAGCCGUGCUGCCGCUCGCUUUACGAUUUCGAGCCCGAGAACGACGGCGAGCUCGGGUUUAAAGAGGGCGACAUCAUCAUCCUCACCAACCAGAUCGACGACAACUGGUACGAGGGCAUGAUCCACGGGGAGUCGGGGUUCUUCCCCAUCAACUACGUCCACGUCCUGGUCCCUCUGCCUCAGUGAGGGACGGACGGCGAGCGGGAGACGGCGUUCGCUCUGGAGGACGCGUGAGGAGCUGAGCGCGGGGUCAGAGGUCACGCAGCUCUGGGAGAAUGGAACGGGAGACGACCGCAAAACGUCUGGAUUUGGGAUUCACUUUGACGUUCACUUCUGUUUCUUCAGAGCUAAUCUGCUAGCGGCGCCAUGCUACAAACAGGAAGUGAUCACGGACGCACUUCCUGGCUCCAGUUGCUAUAGCGAUUAACGGUUUAAAACACAAUACACUGGUCCCCUGGUUUAUCGCGGAAAUCUGCAAAGUAUCAGGUUUAUUUUUGACAUUCUUCUCUCUGUUUUUGCUGUAAAACCCCUCACCACACACUUUAUACACUUUUCUUUAACAUUUUAGUAUCAUAGCAACCAACGAGCCAAUCAGGAGCUAGACUGUCAAAGGUAACGGGAAACUACAGCUAUAAAAUGGGUGAAGGAUGUGAAAAGUCCAUUUUGCAGACGAUGAGCCGGUCCGAGUUUGUCCACACCGGGGCUGUCCAAACUACGGCUCAGGGGCCAAAUGCGGCGCGCAGACCGAUUUUUGUUGGUCCAAUUGAUCAGGAAGUGUUUUUUUUUUACUGCAAAUAUAAAAAAUCCUACCUCUGUAACCUGAAGAACAUCACACUGCAUCGUGACAGACUUAAAAAUAAUCGUCCACGUGUUUUUAAAGGCGUAAUGUCUCCGUCAAACCCGCGUUAAAUCCUCCGUUUGAGUCUCCGGUUGGACGCCCCCGGUCUCUGCUCGUGCACAAAUGUCUCUUUCACAUUCCCAGUGAGUAUUUUCCAGUUUUGUGUUUUUAUUUUUCGUACAAAUUGAAAAUGUGGCGUUCGGAGCUGGUCGUUUCAAACCUCAGUCGUCUCCUGUGAUUCUCUCAGAGCUGGAGUCUCGUCUGUGGAUCGGCGAGGAGGAGGCGGCGUCUCCUGUGAACGUCACUCGUCCGUUAAUGACUCUCCUGUCCAUAUAUUUAUGAAUGAACUCAAACCGAAGCCAUUAAUUAAGUCCGUGAACGUUUCUCCAAAUAUUUCAAACUAUUUUUAAGUCCACAUUUGAAGUAUAUUGUACAAAAAGAGUUUAUUUGAGUCUGUGUUGGGUUAAAGACAAAUCGACUGUGUGUAGAUCUUACGUCAGAUGCCCUCCCACGUGCUGUCCUUAAACAUUUCUGCUGAUUUUUACAGUGUUUUCUGAUUCAUGUCGUGCCUCGUUUUAGUAUUUGCCAUAAAGUUUUUACGUGGAUAUUAACGUCGGCCAUUUUGUCCACGAUCUGAGGUGAACGUGUUCGAUUAUUGAUUUGUUUUUUUAUUAUCGUCUUUACACUGAAUCACGACCGAGUUUUCCUCAUGUUUGACUCUUUAAAUCACUUUUUGCACUUUUUAUUUACAUAUUUACACACGUUUGUCAUCACAGACGCAGAGAGAACACGCAAACUCCACACAGACGCAGGGAGAACACGCAAACUCCACACAGACGCAGGGAGAACACGCAAACUCCACACAGACGCAGGGAGAACACGCAAACUCCACACAGACGCAGAGAGAACACGCAAACUCCACACAGACACAGAGAGAACACGCAAACUCCACACAGACGCAGAGAGAACACGCAAACUCCACACAGACACAGGGAGAACACGCAAACUCCACACAGACGCAGAGAGAACACGCAAACUCCACACAGACACAGGGAGAACACGCAAACUCCACACAGAGAGAACACACAAACUCCACACAGACACAGAGAGAACACGCAAACUCCACACAGACGCAGAGAGAACACGCAAACUCCACACAGACACAGAGAGAACACGCAAACUCCACACAGACGCAGAGAGAACACGCAAACUCCACACAGACACAGGGAGAACACGCAAACUCCACACAGACACAGAGAGAACACGCAAACUCCACACAGACACAGAGAGAACACGCAAACUCCACACAGACACAGAGAGAACAUGCAAAGGCCCUAUACAGAAGAACAAAAUGGUUCACUCUGGUUUCUUGCACUUUUAGGAUCCACAUUUUGAGAGAAUUGUAUCAUUUUUCAAGCCUUUUAAAAUCCUCAGCUUUGUCUCUGUCUCUUUGUCUCUGUUUGUCUCAGUUUGUCUGUUUCUCUCAGUCUGUCUCUGUUUGUCUCAGUCUGUCUCUGUUUGUCUCUGUCUGUCUCUUUGUCUCUGUCUGUCUCUGUUUGUCUCAGUCUGUCUCAGUCUGUCUCUGUUUUCAUGUCCUCGUCCCGUCUCUUCCUGUGGUUUUAUAACUGCACAGAGUUUACACAAGUUUUUAAGUUUUUGAUUAACACGACUGUCACAAAAGAAACGUUUAAAUGUGUCGCUUUUGUGUUUUAUCCUUUGCACUUUUGUCUCAGUCUCUGUUUGUCUCUGUUUGUCUCUGUUUCUUUGUCUCAGUUUGUCUCUGUCUCAGUCUCUGUUUGUCUUUGUCUCUGUUUGCCUCAGUCUCUGUCUCUUUGUCUCUGUUUGUCUCUGUCUCUCUCAGUCUCUGUCUCUGUUUGUCUCUGUCUCUCUCAGUCUCUGUCUCUGUUUGUCUCUGUGUCUCUGUCUCUUUGUCUCUGUCUCUUUGUCUCUCUUUGUCUCUGUUUCUGGAGCUUCAUUUUGCUUCAUCCUGAUUUUUGUAAAACCUCAGAGUUUUAUUUAAAAAGUCGUUCAACUGACAAAUGUGUGAGGAACGAUUUUUCAUUUUUGUGUCUAGAUCUGGUGAGAAUGAAAUUAAAUGUGCACAAAGACAUCAGAACUAGAACCGGACUAGAACCGGACUAGAACUGGAGUAGAGAAGAGAUACUAGAACAGGACCAGAACGGGACUAGGGCGGGACUAGAACAUAACUAUAGAACAUAACUAUAGAACAGUUCUACAUUGGGUCUGAACAUAAUUCAAUAAUCAUGAAAUAGAAUAAUCCAGUUUGUGUCUUUAAAUGUCUCAGUCACUAUGACGCUGUAAACAAAGGUGUUUUUUUUAUCUUCCCUGGUGGAGCUGAUGGUCUGAGGAUAAAUCCACCUCUUCUUUCAGACUUGUUCUUUUUAAACUGUGUGUCUGGACCAAACUCCUGCUGUGAUGUUUUUGUUUGUGCGUAUAAAAGUUUAUUCAAAUAAAAGACUUUAUGAAU